AUGGCGCGAAACUUGCUCUCUCGCUAUCCCUGGGUGGUCAGCCCAUUCGUGGUCAGCGCCCCAAUGAAAGUCAUGUCUGGCCCAGCACUCGCUGUCGCAGUGUCUCACGCAGGUGGACUAGGAUUCAUCGGACCGGGUGCAAAGACACAAGACACGACUAACGACCUGGAGAAAGCAUCAGUACUCAUCAAGGGUGCCAAUGCCAUACCGACAACCAGUUCCGCGUUACCCGUUGGCGUAGGAUACCAACUAUGGGCCGAUGACGUUGGAAUUGCUGCUGCCGCCAUUGAGAAAUACAAGCCCUGUGCUGUUUGGUUAUAUGCGCCGAAGCAAGGAUCCAAGGACUACAGCGAUUGGUCUAGCAGGAUCCGACAGGCUUCCCCCGAAACCCAGAUCUGGAUUCAAAUCGGUACACUUCAGGAGGCAAAGCAGCUUCUCCAGCUUUCUGAGCAACCGGAUGUCGUUGUGGUGCAGGGUGCUGAAUCCGGUGGUCAUGGUCGGGCAAAUGAUAGUAUGGGUUUGAUGUCGUUGUUCCCCGAGGUGGCAGAUGCCAUGGCAAGCAGCCGGAUCCCUCUCUUUGCCGCUGGCGGCAUUGCCGAUGGAAGGGGUCUUGCUGCAGCGAUGUGUCUGGGUGCUUCGGGCGAGGUGAUGGGAACUCGAUUCUUGGCCGCCAGUGAGGCGCGUAUCAGUCGAGGCUAUCAGGAUGAGGUCGUGCGCGCGUCAGACGGUGCGGUCUCCACGACUCGUACGCUUCUUUACAACCAUCUCCGAGGCACAUUCGGGUGGCCCGAGGAGUACAGCCCCCGCACAAUCGUGAAUCAAUCUUAUGUUGAGCAGCAACAAGGGAAACCGUUCGAGGAACUUCAAAGUCUUCACGAUGAGGCUGCCAAGGCGGGUGAUAAGGGCUGGGGCCCCUCUGGAAGACUUGCGACUUAUGCUGGCGCUUCAAUUGGGCUCAUACAUGAUGUCAGGAGCGCGGGUGAUAUUGUACGUGAGACUCAACACGAAGCUCUUGAAAGACUUCAGCAACUAUUCCCCCACAAGAAUUGA